UCCACACUCAUCUACCAACGUGUAUAUAUAUGUACCUCAACCAUUGCCCUUCCUUGACACUCGUAACAAAAUGGCCGUCUUUAUUUGCUUCCUUUUCUUUCUUAUUUCAUCUGCAACUGCUUGCGAUCGUUGUGUGCACCAAACUAAGGCUGCCUAUUUCAAUAAAGCUUCAGCACUUUCAUCUGGGGCUUGUGGGUAUGGUUCCUUGGCAUUAGGCUUCAACAGUGGACAACUUGCAGCCGGGGUUGCUUCCCUUUACAAGGAUGGAGCUGGUUGUGGAGCAUGUUUCCAGAUACGAUGCAAGAACACAACUCUUUGUACCAGAGAAGGGACUACAGUGAUUUUGACGGAUCUUAAUCACAAUAACCAAACAGACUUUGUUCUCAGCAGCAGAGCUUUCACGGCUAUGGCUCAAAAGGAAAUGAGCCAACAAAUUUUGAAACUAGGGAUCAUUGACGUGGAGUACAAGAGGGUGCCUUGUCAAUACGGGAAUCAGAAUUUGGCCGCGCGAGUGGAAGAAUCAAGCCAAAAACCACAUUACUUGGCAGUCAAAUUUCUGUAUCAAGGUGGUCAGACAGAGAUAGUGGGUGUGGAUGUGGCUCAGGUUGAUUCCUCGAACUGGGGUUUCAUGAGCAGAAAUCAUGGGGCAGUCUGGGACACAAGCAGAGUGCCAUCUGGGGCGCUACAAUUCCGGUUUGUAGUUACAGCUGGGUACGACGGGAAGUCGGUUUGGGCAAAGCAUGUUCUUCCUGCUGACUGGAAGACAGGAGCAAUAUAUGACUCUGGAGUUCAAAUAACUGAUAUUGCACAAGAGGGCUGCUCUCCAUGCGACGAUGGGACCUGGUAAUGAGGGAAAUUGGAACUGCUGGUGUGAAUAUAUUUAGGUCCAGAUUAAUUAGUUUAGAAUCUCAGGAAAUAAGAACACGAAUUGGAGCUUUCAACUGCGUUUAGGAGUUCUGAACUUCAUUUUAGUGGGACAAUUUUGUCACCUUUCACAUAAGAUGUUCUUAAUGCUGUCUAACAUAUUUCAUUCAAUGGUAUAAUAAAAUAUCCGAGAUUCCUUCCA